CUCAUUUGAAGAUUGAGCUUCAAAGAUCAAUCGAUUGAUAGCAUGGAUUACUUUAAACGUACUUCCGAAUCACCCAUGGACUUUGAGUAUGAUAGCCCACAAAGCUUCCCUAAUGGUCUUUUUAACAGAGCCAUAAAUAGUCUUCAAAAAGAAAAUAGACCAAAAGAAAAGAUAUUCAAUGUAGAGCCUACAAAAACUGGGUUUAGUUUCCAUUUGGCACCAUCGUUUCUGGACGUGAGUGAAGAAACACGACGGGGUCUUGAAACGAAAGCAGUAUAUCAAUCGCUCAGUAAUCUCGGACUAAAUGACGAUAAUUCAAAACAAAUCCUCACUAAUGCUAUACCAGAUGCGGAAGUAAAAGUGAAGGAUUCCUGUGCGGACAUUAUGAAUACGAAUUUACCUGAAGACGACAAAACAAAAAACGACCAGCCUACCUCAAAAGAAAAACCUUUAUUAUCUACAAGAUCUACCCAGCCAACAUUAUCAGAAACUCAAUUACCGUCACAUUACAUACAGCCAUCUGUUUCAUUAUCCUCAUCUUCAAUGCCAUCACUCACUUCCUCAUAUUCCUAUUCAAAUUCAAACCCAGAAUACAUUAAUUCACCUUCAGCAUCACAACAGCUGGUAGAAUACGAUCAACCACACAAACCAACCUUUGUUCACAUACAGAAUGAUCCGACUGCAGAAAGACACAGCUAUGUUUUUCUUUUGAUAGGAUUGCUUCGAUUUGGGUGUCAUUUGGCUCUAUUUGCUAUGGGGGCUUAUGUAGCUAUUAAUUUUACAUUAGCCCUCAGAAGGGAUGUUGGGAUAAAAAUGAAGACAUAUGAGAUUGAUCAGUUGGAAGAUUAUUUAUAUAUCCAGCAGGAAUACGAUAACAAUCGGUGUGAUCCACUAACACGACUGCCGGGGGUUGCAGAAAAAUGCAGAGAUUGGCAGAGACAACUUAAUCGAACGAUCAAGCCGGGCGAGACCAAGGUUUUGGCGGAAACAUUAGCAGAAAUUCUGAACAGCUUUUUUAAUACACUAUCUCUCAAGGCAAUGUUCUUCUUUCUUGCUACCCUCCUCAUCUCUCUUUCUACCAAAAAGCUACAGUCACGCCAUCUCAAUAACCAAGAGCUGCUGUCCCACAGAUCCCAGGAAGCUCCCAGGGCGAAUAGAUUGAUGGACAAGUAG